AUGUCGGUUAUCGAAACCCUCGGCAAUGCCUUUGAGACGGAGCGCCUCAUCUUCGCGCCCAUCGACCCCAAGAGUGAAGUCUACAUGGUGACCCUCGACGACAUGUUUGCCGAGCCUGCGCUGCAGGCCCUCACAUACAACAUGCUCCUACGGCCCCAAUCGCCUCGCGACAUCGACUUCCUAGUCGAACAGUUCGACAAGGCGCUCCUCGGCGUCGCCAUCUGCCUCAAGCCGACGGGCGAUAGGCCGCGGCGCACCGUCAUCGGCACGCUAUGGAUUGGCUGGGGCGGCCUCGCUGGGUGUUACCAGCAGAACCGCAACGCGGACAUUGGCCUCAUACUUGCCAAGAGGCAUCGUGGCAUGGGAUACGGCCGUGAGGCUCUGACUUGGGGCGUUGACUGGGCGUUUCGUCAUGCCAAUUUGCACAUGCUGCAUCACUCGGUGUUUGAGUUCAACACGACGGCCAUUGAGAUGUGCAAGAGUCUGGGCUUUGAGCAGACGGGUAAAUUGAAGGAGGCGUUUUGGAUGGAUAGGAAGUAUCAUGAUGAGUUCAUCUUUUGUAUGACGGAGGAUGAUUGGGAGAAGCAUAGGCAGAAGCAAACGGAUGAUAAGCAUAGCGAUAUUUGA